AUGCCGACCGUGAUAAAGGCCCCAGGAUCCGCGUCGCCUACAGGACGGACGGCAAACUCCUCAACCACAGGCGGAUGCACUUCCAGUCGCGGGUAUCCACAAUUGCUUCUCUUUGCCGCCGCCCGCGACAACUUCUGGCUGAUUAUCAACACGGAGGAGACGGUGGUUAUGAAACGGCCGCCACCCAAUGCUGCCCGAAUUGCACCUCAAAUCAAUAUAAAUGACGCCCAAUUCCAAGCCAUGGACAACGUCACCUAUCUGGGCAGCACUUCUCCUCUCAGCAUCAGAACUGACGCUAAAGUUGCCCGAUGA